UCAGAAGCAUUUGGAUCCAUUUGCAGCUUUUAUUUAGAAUAGUCAGACAAUACAGGGUCAAAUGCCGGCAAAGCAGAACAGCAGGGGCUAGACAGAGACAGAGUCAAAUACCAGGUGGAAGAACAGGGCAUGCGGCUAGCAAACAGAGUCCAGAUGAAACAAUCCGAGGUCGGGGCAGGCAGAGAACAAUCAGAAAAACAGGAAACAGUCCAAGGUCAAGUACACAGAAAUCAAACAUGGGUAUAUCGCUCAGAAAUGACAGCCAGAGCAAAUCAAGACUUCGCAAAGAGUCUGUGUGUGUGAGUGGCUUAAAUGUGUGUGUGUGUGUGUGUGUGUGUAAAUGAGGUGCAGGUGUGGAUGAUCAUUCAGUCCCAGGUAUGAGGAUGAUGGGAAUUGGAGUCCGAAUGGAAAUGGUUAAUAUUCAGGGAAUGGCUCCUUCUGGUGGUGCGAGGGAGGCGGUACUGGAGCCUCCUCUGUAACAAAACCCCAGACUGCCUUACUAUUUUUACAUUCAUAUACAGUACGAGGAAGAAUAACAGUAUGAAAGCUCAUUUACCACCAUGUCUGUCAUCAACAGGAAGUUCCAAGGAACUAAUGCCACAGCUCUUCAGAACAGCAGCAGUGUGAUUAGAUGAAGAGCAUUUUAAAAUUAGUCGAUACAAUGAAUACAGUCUUUAAGAGUGAAUCAUCAAAUCAUUCAUUCAGUAUUGGUUGUACACUAGUUAUUGCAUUGCUUUGUGGGAUUGAAUGAGUGCACUUGAUAAUGUCCACUAUAGUUUCAGGCACCACUACAAACAGUGUGUUUGAAGCUGCUGUGUUUUCUUCUAAACAUUAAGCAAAUGAGAACAGUUCGGUCAUUUAUGGUGGUGAUGACCUGUAGAGAAAUGCUUAUGAACGUCCUUCAAAUUCUUCAGUGUUACUAUCGAUACUAUAUACAAGUUUUGAUAUUAUAAGAUAUUAAAUUUACACACACAAACACCCACAAUAUAGUGGUAAAGUGAGACAAAUGGUUUUUAUAAUAAUUAUAGAUUAAAAUGAAUAUAUUUCUAAAAAUCACUAGUCAUUUUUAUACAUGUUUAUGGAUGGUUCUAAACUUUAGUGUCUGAUGACACCUUUUAGUUUUUUUCACACAUUGACCAAACAUUUUUUCCCCCGCUGAUGUUAAAAGAAGAUAAGCACUGACUACUUAAACACAUCUAUACAGAAACAAGGAACCAAAUAGUUUAAUGUAAGACGGUUAAAGAGCAAAAAUGUCUGAUGAUAUUUAUGACGAUGCCUUCGGGACAGAGACUGAGAGAAUGGAGAUGACGGUGGAUAUCUAUGAGAGUGUAGAUCAUGUGAGAGAUCAUGACUUCAGGACAAAGAUACACCAACCACUUCAGCGUACAGGUAAUCACAUUCAUUUCUUUGAUUAAAUGUUCCAGUUUGCACAUGUUCAGUCAUUUAACAUCAUGUCUGUGGUGUUCAGGAAGAUCAGAAGCUCCAGAGCAGCUCCAAUGUGUUUGGUGCUGCUGUGUGUUCUUCUGAUGCUAUUAUAGGACUUUAAAACUAAAGUUACAGACAAUAACUAAUUGUUUGCGUAUGUCACAAACUUCAGUGUUCCUCAUGAAUGAACACACUCAGUAAGGCCAUAAAUCUGAUAUUAAUUAUCAUGUUAAUUACUGUGCGCCUUUAGCCCCAACAGCAGGGGUGCUUUUUACCCCAAAUACCAUACAUAUUUACAUAUUCUUUCGUUAUUUAAAAACUGUUGCUUUAAUUAUCUUAAACAAAACUGAAAAUCAUAAAGAAGACCUUUGUCUCAAAAUAUAUGCAUUAAUUUUAGCGAUUCUCAUUUGCUACUUAAAUCUACAACAUUUUAAAAACCAUCAAAUAUUAGAUCAAGUAAGCACAGAAUCAACUUCGCACUGCUGCGUGUGAUCAUAUCAAAGAUCAGACAAAUAUACACGCGCAUCUUGAAAAGCGGAAGUUUUGGAAAGUGCUAUGCCACGUUUCUGUGCCAUCUAGUUGGUUAGAUGAAAAUAAUCAAAGGCACCUUUUCCCCCGGGGUGCCUUUAGCCCCGUUGUACCCUGUACAUAUUUAAGGGAUGAUGCAAACCAUGGUAUAAAUAUAUUUAUAAAAUGGUUAGUUCCAUUCCUCGAUUCUGAUUGGUCGGCAGCUGUGUUUUAUUCACGAUACAGCACGGCUAUGACCGCUUCACCAAACCAUUCUAUGUAUCACUGAGCAACACCAUUAGCAACAUAAACAAUCAAUAGCAUCAAAACUGUUUAAUGUAUUAUGCAUUUCGGCAGAAUUAACUGUCUGUUAUUUAUUUAAUGAAGCAUGAGUGACCCCUGCUGGCGUUAUGUUGCAUCUUUCAUCUUUAAUUUUGAGAACCCGCCCGUCUAAAUAAACGCUUCUCAUGCGGAGAUGUGUUGUUGAUGUGUGUGCAGCGCGCGUCUGAGUGAAAGACUGCAGUUUCCGAAGUGAGGAGGGAAUAUUACUGAAUUUGUUAGUUUUCUGUUUCAGGUAUGAUUCUGUGUGUCCAUCAGUUUACACUGUAAUGACGCUUGCAAACUCGCGCUGUGCCGCGAAUCGGUCUGUUUUAAAAUUAAAAGACGCAAAACAGAAGUUUUCUCAAGCUGAGAGAUAGGCAGAUGUAUGUGUGUGAGAAAAUAUCAUAUACGGUGUUUAAAAAAUCAAUGAGAGCGGAUGAUAAGAGCUCUGUUUUUAUUUAAGCUCCAUUAGACGAGAGGCAGGUUCGGAACAUUCUCUUGCUGUUUACUGUUGCUGUCAGGAACUAUUUUUUAGCGGAAGGACAGCAUUUAACAAACUUGCUUCAAAAAAGUAUCAUUUCAAUACAUACAUUUUGGGUUUUAAUAUUUUGUGUGUGAUAAGAUGAAGAGCAUUUUAAAAUUAGUCGAUACAAUGAAUACAGUCUUUAAGAGUGAAUCAUCAAAUCAUUCAUUCAGUAUUGGUUGUACACUAGUUAUUGUAUUGCUUUGUGGGAUUGAAUGAGUGCACUUGAUAAAUGUCCACUAUAGUUUCAGGCACCACGACAAACAGUGUGUCUGAUGAUAUUUAUGACAAUGCCUUCGGGACAGAGACUGAGGGAAUGGAGAUGACGGUGGAUAUCUAUGAGAGUGUAGAUCAUGUGAGAGAUCAUGACUUCAGGACAGAGACAAAGAUACAUCAACCACUUCAGCGUACAGGAAGUGAUUCAGAGAGGAUCAGAAGCUCCAGAGCAGCUGUAGUGUGUUUUGUUCUGCUGUGUGUUCUUCUGCUGACUGCAGUCAUAAUGCUGUGUGUCUACAUCCAUACAAACAACACAAACUACACAAACUACACACAAGAGACAAACCAGCUACUAACCAACAUCACCAACCUCACAGAAGAAAGAGACAAUCUACGAACCAACAUCACCAACCUCACAGAAGAAAGAGACAAUCUACGAACCAACAUCACCAACCUCACAGAAGAAAGAGACAAUCUACGAACCAACAUCACCAACCUCACAGAAGAAAGAGAUAAACAUGCAAAUCUGUUGAACAAGAGAGACCAGCUAAUAAAUCAGCUUCCAAUUCUUGGUAAAGAUGAUGGAUGGAUUUACUAUCAAUUCAGUUUUUACUACAUGUCCAAUGAGACAAAGAACUGGAAUGAUAGCAGACAAGACUGUAAAAAGAGAAGAGCAGAUCUGAUCAUCAUAAACAACAGAGAGGAACAAGAUUUUGUUAUGAAAAUUACUGAUAAAAGAGAAUUCUGGAUUGGUGUGACUGAUGUUGAUGAAGAGGGCAGAUGGAGAUGGGUUGAUGGCAGCACAAUGACCUCUGGGUUCUGGGCAUCCAGUGGAGAAAUAAAAGAGCCAAAAGGAGGACGUUUAGAGAACUGUGCUGUGACUUAUUUAAAAAAGAUCCCUGGUGUUUUAGGGUGGCAUGAUGUUAAAUGUAAUGAUGCUUAUCAAUGGAUCUGUGAGAAGAGUAUUUUACCUCUCAUACAGUCCUAGGAUUUUUUUAAAUGUAUCUAAUUUUUUUUUUUUUUUGGGACGACCCAGGUUUAACAAUGCAAAUCUUUCAUAACUAAUGAUUAUCAUUUAAAGCAGGGGUGUCCAUUUUUGCUUCUGAAUCGUCAUAUUGUGUCUUUGAUAUUUGAUUUAUGAUAUGAAAUAUUUAUUACUAGUUUGCAGGCAGGUGUGUUGGAGCUGAAGUCUUUAGGAUGGUGAUUCUGCAGGAGCAGGACUUGAACACUCCUGUUUGAAGAAAAAUAUUUAUUGCCAUCUUGCAUCUUAUUGACUGUGUUGAAAAUGGCCGCUGUAAAAUUGUUGUAGUGUUCAUCUUGUUGCCAGGAUGAUUGUUUUGUAAACUGGAAUGGAUUUAUAAGACAAUAAACAGAUUAAUUCAACUCAACUCAACUCAACUCAACUUUAUUUAUAGAGCACUUUCAACACCACAAGUGGAACCAAAGUGCUGAACAGAGGGUAUAAAAGAGAAAAUAAAAACAAAAAACAUAAAAACAAUGCAACAUAUGACAUACACAACUUACAAAGCAUUGUCAAAUGCUAAAGAAAACAAAUACGUUUUAAGAGCACUCUGAAAAACACCCAAUGAAUGACAAGUUUUUACUGACAAAGGAAGGUUAUUCCAGAGCCUAGGAGCUGCAACAGAGAAAGCCAGAUCACCUUUACAUUUUAAGCGGGAUCGCGGAACCAUGAGACGCAAUUGAUCAUUUGAUCGCAGAGAUCUACUGGAUUGACAAUGGCUGAUUAAAUCAGUAACAUACUCAGGUGCUAGGCCAUGCAGAGACUUAAAAACAUACAACAACGCUUUGUAUUGAAUUCUGUAACGUAUGGGUAACCAAUGUAGUUUCAUUAACACCGGAGUGAUGUGCUCUCUCUUCUUAGUACCCGUUAAAAGUCUGGCAGCUGAGUUCUGAACGAGCUGCAAACGGGAGAGAGAAGCCUGACUCACACCCAGAUACAAAACAUUACAGUAGUCCAAACGGGAUGACACAAAGGCAUGAACAACCUUCUCCAUAUCAUCAAAAGAAAGGAUAGAUUUCAAUUUAGAUAUUGAUCUAAGAUGGAAGAAACUAUUCUUAACGACAGCAUUGAUUUGCCGGUCAAAUUUAAGCUCGGAGUCAAAAAUGACACCAAGGUUCCUCACGCUAGACAGUUUUUUCCCGGGAAACAACCCCAGGCAGUCAUCAUCCACACACCCUUUAUUUCCAAAUAAAAUCAUCUCGGUCUUAUCCUCAUUUAAUUGGAGAAAGUUAUUCGCAAGCCAGCACUUAACUUCGGCCAAACAUGCAUGAAG